AGUCAGUUGGUAAAACUGUAAGGUAAAAAUAACCAUGAACUUAAUCGUGAUGACUUUAAAUUGUUGACAAUUUGCCAAGAAAAUGUUUUCGACUCAUCAACCAUUUUCAACCAAAGACAAAUAUAAACCAUUUGAACUAAAUUGUUGUUGUUGCUCAGGGUGAUAUUCAAGUAUUUCUAUUAACUGACUGAUAAAUUAAAGAAUUGUGAUAAUCUGUUAACUGACCAAAUAAUAGUAGAGCAACUUAAUCAACAGUUGAUCAACUAACUUCAGUUAAAUUUUUUGUUCCAUUUAAAUUCAAAGUUAUGGCUUACAAAGCAUUUCCAACAGGACCAGGAUUAAAUUCGGGUAAAGUUAAUGUUUACAAUGACAUUCUAGUCGAGGUCAAGGAUUAUGUCUCUGGAAAAUUGACCACUGAGAUCGAUGGACCAUCUAGAGUGACAAUUUCAUACAUAGAUAAUCAUGAUGGAACUCUGAAAAUCUCAUAUAAACCAACGAUCCCUGGUGAUUAUACAAUUGUCCUCAAAUUGGAUACGUUUCAUUUACCUGGAAGUCCAUUCAGAGUAAAGGUAAAAGGUUUGGGUCCAAUUGGGUUACUAUCAUCAACCGGUGGUUCUGGUAAAUCGGGUUACAUUAGGUCAUCCAGCUCACUGAGACCGGCUACAUUUAAUACAUCAGCUGAUUACAUGUGGAUUAACAAACCAACCACUGGAGUUAAAUUAACCAUUAACGGAGCCAAUCCCAAUUUACCUGAUUAUCUUGGUAAGACUCCCAUUGAAACUGCUCGUUUUACAAUCUAAUGAUAUUAACAAUCAAUCAAUCAUCAUCCAUAUUAUCAACUAAUACCAUUGUGAUUAUCUGGAGCAUUUAGUUAAGUAUUCAUCAUCUUUGACCUUUUCUUUUCUUCCUGAUUAAUUCAUGAAACUUUAUCAGGCUUCAGGUAAUCAUCUUCAUCUCCAUCAACAUCAACAUUAUCAUGAAACAUCAUAAAUAUCAUCAUAUUGGUAUUAAAAUGAUUGAAAAUAUUUACCAACAUUGAUUAUCUUGUUGAUCUUCUUGAUUUAAUUUCUUGUUUUGUUUUCUCAUUUAAAUUAAUACCAAUAAAAAGAAAUGUUGAAAAGGAUUUACAAUUUAAACCGGAUU